AUGUUUGCAUUGAAUAAUUUUGAACUGUACAGGGACAACUUAUCUGGUCUUCACACCGACUACAAAUACCGAUAUGCAUUGCCAUUCGAAAAGGUGCUUGAUCCAGUUGAGAAAACGAUAUACUUCCAAAAAAAUUGGAGUCAAACGAUCACUGUUUCCAUAGGUUAUUUCUUCGUAGUCAAGCUGAUCCAAUAUUUCAUGAAAUAUCGGUCUGCCUUUAAUCUACGCUGGCCUUUAUUCACUUGGAAUCUUUCACUGGCUCUCUUCAACAUUCUCGGUUUCAUUCGAUUUGCUGAAGCAAGUUGUUAUUUGUUUUCCACUCAACUAUUUCUUCAUCCUUUGUACCUUUGCACCUUUCCACACCUGAUCAUAUUACCUACUGAUAUGAUCCACACACUACUAUACCAGGGAAUCUAUCCAUCCUUGUGCUAUUCGGUAAAUCCCACUGAUGUCGCGGCUUACUGGUCUUAUUUAUUUUUCUUGUCAAAAAUCGUGGAGCUCGGUGAUACUCUAUUUAUUGUCCUCAGAAAGAAACGUCUCAUUUUUUUGCACUAUUACCAUCAUACUUCAGUACUUAUUUAUUCCGCCCAUUCAGGUGCCGAAAAUACGGGCUCCGGAAAAGCAUUUAUAAUGAUGAAUUUUCUGGCGCAUUCCGCCAUGUAUACAUACUUUGCAGUUGCAUCGUAUGGAAUACGACUGCCCAAAACAGUAUCUAUGAUACUAACUACAAUCCAGACAGUCCAGAUGUUCGCAGGAAUCAGCGUCCUGGCUUAUGUUUAUAAAAUCAAAACUGGAACUAAUUUGCCGUGCCAACAAUCAAUGCAAAAUCUUCUUUUCGGUACUCUGCUUUAUGUCACUUUUGCGGUACUUUUUAUCCAGUAUUUCAUCUCCAGUUAUUUCCGCAAAUCGGAUAAAAAGAUGAAGUAA